GCACACCCUUCGUCCUACGCUCUCCGCCAAUUGGCUCCGUUCGCAACGUCGAUAUAGCCCGGGCCGUGUCUGGAAAUCUCGCGACAAGUUCCUAACGUAAUCGACAAUGCCUCUCCCAAACAUUUUGAGAAAAGCGAGCAGCUACAUCCUUGGCGAGUGCGGCCAGGACAAUCGACGCGUCAUUUAUCAAGACGGUGAGGCGCUAUUCUGCAAAAAUAACGUCUGCGUGCACCCACCUACGUUAAUGAGACAGCACGCCGACGUGGUCCAUCAUCCCGGUUAUAUGACUAUAACUUGCAAGUUGAACAAAAACUCCAAUUUGCCGACCCUGCACCUAAGUUGGAUACCCAACAGCACGUUGCGCAAGCAUCCUACCGCACUGGAGAAUCUGAGCGGCAGGAACUCUGCCGCGACCUCCCCGCGUUCGCGUUCCCGAAUCCCCGACAAGACAUCGCUCAACGUUUCGGACGCUGUGAGACACGAGCUCGAGAACGAGAAUGAAAACGAAAACGAGAAUGAAAACGAUACCGAGAAUACCGAGAAUACCGAGAAUACCGAGAACGAUAACGGAAAUGGGAAACUAGACGUGUGCUUGGAGGCCAAGGAGCCCGUCGACUGCGGCGACUGCGAACGCGUCUGCUCCGGUUCUGGCUACCGUUUCGGCUAUCAUUUUCUACGCCGUCGAGAUCCAGCCACGGUCGAGCGCGACGAUGAAAAUGCCAAGACCGAGACCGAGAGCGCGACCGGGGCCGCGGCCGAGCCCGAAACCGGGAAACGCGGUCCGAGCACGGAUUCGGUAGAUUCGAGCGGCGACAAGAAUGGAGAUUUGAAAGAGCGGGACAACGACGAGGAGCCGCGCUUCUCCUUCCGCGACGAUACGAGCGUCAAGAGUCGCAGCUUGUCGUUAACGUCCACGUGCAGCUUGUCAAUCUCGGUACCCACCGACGCGGAAGAAGCGCCGUCGUGGAUGAGGUCGCCGGAGCUCUUGGCGCUACAGCACAAUCUUGUCUUUCCCGAGAGCGCGACCGCGUCGCCCGUCACGCUACGCAGAGCGCAUCGAUGCAGGAGAUUCUCGGUCGAUCUCGGCGAGAUGCGAUCCUUGAGACUGUUUUUCGCCGAUCCUGCGUGCACCUGCGGUCAGCUGGUCGUAGCGAGCAGAGAGAGCCAAUACAAGAUCUUGCAUUUCCAUCACGGCGGCUUGGACCGGCUAGCCGCCACUCUGCACCAAUGGCAUCAGUUGCUUUAUCCGCGCUUAAGCACGGACACGGAGGAGACUCUGCCGUACAGGCAUUUCAUGGUAUGCCGGCCGGAAGUGAGCCGAGACGAGCUGCAUCCCGAGGAGGGUCAAGUGCCAAUGAUCACGUCGCUAGUCUGGAAAGAUUUGCUGAAUGAACGGGGCCAAGUGGAGGAUGACCUUGCUCUUCGCAAGGGCAUCUUUCUCGGUGGUUUGGAACCGGCACUGCGAAAGAUCGUCUGGCCUUUCCUGUUGCAUUGUUAUUCCUAUCAGAGCACGUACGAGGACAGAGAGCAGAUCGACGCCAUUAGACGGCAAGAGUACGAGGAGAUAGAGAGACGCAGACUGAGCAUGAAUCCGGAGCAAGCCGAGCAUUUCUGGCGAAACGUCGUGUGCAUAGUGGAGAAGGAUGUUGUCCGCACGGAUAGGGCUAACCCGUAUUACGCCGGUGAGGGUAAUCCCAACGUCGAAGUAAUGAAGAACAUUUUACUCAACUACGCGGUGUACAAUUGCCGCUUGGGUUACACUCAAGGAAUGUCCGAUCUCCUAGCUCCGUUGCUAGCCGAACUCAACUCCGAGAUCGACGCCUUCUGGUGUUUCGCCGGUUUGAUGCAGAGAUCGGUAGCCGUGUGCACUCCGACCGACACAGACAUGGACAGAAAUCUGUGUUAUCUUCGAGAAUUGGUAAGAAUCAUGGUGCCAGAUUUUUAUACGCAUCUGGAAAGGCAUACGGAUGCCUUGGAGCUUCUAUUUUGCCAUCGAUGGAUACUCUUGUGCCUGAAAAGAGAAUUUUCAACCGAGAUUGCACUGGUUAUGUGGGAAGCCUGCUGGGUCAAUUACUUGACGGAUCACUUCCACUUGUUUCUUUGUCUCGCAAUAAUGUGCGUUUACGCGGACGACGUGAUUGCCCAAGAUCUCCGAACGGACGAAAUGUUGCUGCAUUUCAGUUCAUUGGCCAUGUAUAUGGACGGGAAUGUUAUACUUCGAAAGGCGCGAGGCCUGCUUCAUCAUUUCCGUCAGCUUGUGCGCUUACCUUGCACGUUAGCCGGACUGUGCCGACAAUGUGGUCCAGGAAUGUGGGACAGCGCGCACGAUCCGGUAAUAGAGUGCGUAGGCCACGAGGAUACUCACUGUCCCUAUUUAAAUAAUUACGAGUAACCAAGUCACUAAUUUGUAGAAAGAAGGAGGGGAGAGAUCAGUAUUACUUGACGUACGAAUUAACUUGAAUUUUGCAAGUCAAAUUGUUAGAUUAAUCGAAUCCUUGUUCUACACGGAUUUUCUUUACUAAUAAACCUUGAUUACUAGUCUAUAAGGGAUUUCCUGCAAAAAUUACUAAUAUUUAUCGAGUCUAGCCAUAAUGCUCUCUAAAUCUACAUGCGAGUAAAUUCGAUCGUUACACACCACACACAUAUGUCACACGCGACGAUAUGCAUCUUUAUUCUUGUAUGUUGAAGCACUUUUUCGAUUGACCAACAAAGACAAAGAUAUAUUAAUUGUAAUAACCUACGUUAUACACAUUGUUAUCUCGAUUUAAGCCAAUGCCACAAAACACAAAGACAUAUCUCAAAAUCCAAUUUCAAAUCGAGUUGACUUGAAGUCGAUUUCUAAUAAGUAAAACUCACUGAUCGUAUAUCAAUCGAUAAAUAUCUCUGCAGUAUUCGCAAUGUUAAAGACUGAAAGAAUGAAAGAAGAGGAUAAACGAGAGAGAGAGAUAGCUACCAGCGAUCUAGUCCAAGCAGGGAGCUUGUCCGCUAAAAACCAAAAGGAGAAUUCAAAAAGGAGAAAUCAAAUUGCACACGAGAACACGAGAGAAAUGCUAUUUAUUAUGUAAAUACAAGUAGCCGAAUCGUGCAGGGUAUAAAUCAAUAGUAGCGUAUAUACCUUCACUCCAAAGUGUUCACUUCUCGUACGCGUAUGUAUGCGGUAACUCCACAUGAAAGAAAACAAUGUAAAAGAAUAGCGUAGAGCUUUCACAAUAAUUCCUUUUUUUCCUUCACUAUAAUUGCUGAACUUGACGCCAGACUUAACGGUUGAAAAUUCAAUCGACAUUCGCGAUCAAAUUGCCAAAUGUCACAGUCGCACCUAUAUUCCCCUUGCGAAACUUGUUUGAAAACGAAAUUAUUGCGAUAAUUAAACUAAUUUCACCGAGUAAUUUUAAAUAACGAAUGAGAAUAUCGAUCCUUUUUGGUUUAAUAAUAAUUAUUACAUAUGUACGAUAUAAUCCGUUGUCGCAGAUAUACGUAAAGAUAGAGCUGCUUUGUAAUAUUCAAGAUUUUACAGAUUUACCGUGCCUAUGCAACAAGGGCGAGAUUGUAAUGUAUUCCCACGCUGAUUCACUCAAUCAGGUGGAAAUUUUAUCGAAAAUAGCUUUUAUCGCGCUUUUAUCGUGCUAUCUGGUAUCGUUGAAAUCUUGAAGAGAAAUCUAUCUGUGUUAAGAUCUGUGCCACGCAGAUCUCAUUGUCAGUUUGAAAUAAAUAUAAGAAUGUAGAAAUGUGUGUGUGUGUGUGUGUGUAUGUAUGUGUAUAUAAACCGGUGCGAAUAAAUUGGUAAAGUAAGACUUGUA